AUAGUUUACCGUGUCUUCUCUGUCUGUGGUAUUUUUCACGGCCUAAUGAAUGAAUCGAAAGGCGUUUCUGUGAGCAUGCAGGGAGACCCCUGUGAACAGCUGUUGGUGACACGGCUGUGGGACACUCAAAACCUAGUGAGCUUACUACUUAAACAGUUUUCUGGAAAACAAAGCCGACGUUUCGUUCACCGAACAUCGGAAAUCAUUUCCUCAGGGCCUGUGUUUUCAAAUGCAUUAGCUUUCCACAGCUGGCAUGCCGGUGUUUGUGGAAGACCCUGCUCUCCUCUCCAAAGAGAGGCUAAAGUCGGAGCUCAUAGCGCAUAAUGUGGAUCUACCCCCACCGGAGAGCAAGAAACACGCUUAUGUGGAGCUUUAUCUCAAACAUGUGAGGACGAACAGCACAGAUUUCUCUAGCGAUGAAGAGGAGGAUCAUCUCACUGGCAGCGCCGAGAAGGAAGAGGCAGGAGAAAUGGUAGACCUAGGCUUACUGACUGAUGAUCAGCUAAAAGCCAAACUGCUCCAGUAUGGAGUCAAAGCUGGACCCAUUGUAGCUUCCACUAGAGCUUUAUAUGAAAAGAAGCUGAAAAGGCUGCUAGAUUCUUCAGCACAGGCAUCACAGCACAGGGUCAAUGACACAAGGGAUGCAGGCCUCUACUCGGACAGUGAGGAAGAGGAUGGGAGGGAGAAAGACGAGGACAAGGACUCCGAGUCAGAGCAGCUUUGGUCUGAAACGAUGGCCCGGACAGAGACCAGCAAAACAGCAAGCAGAACAGGGACUUUCAGUCAGAGCAGAGAUUUUUACCCACGCUGCUUUGUGCCCUCAGCUGGAUUCAUAAAUGGAAAGAUUCAGCACAAGUCUUCAGACACCACCCAGAAUGGGUCUUUGAGUCAAAGCGGGUCCCCAUACAGAUCCUUCAGCAUCACUCAGAUGGUGGAAGAGGGGAGUAUUGAGAACCGAUUCAGUCCUCAAUCAAAACAAACAGAGAUUGAGAGGCGAUCUGGUCAGAGAAACGAGCAGACGGUGGACAGCAGGGCCCUGCGGUACUUCAUGAGACUGGAUAAAGACACCAUGACUGGCAGAUCUCUUUGUUUAACAUCUCCAUCAUCCCAUCAGAAACAAACUGUCACAGAACCUGUGACGGAUGUUCUUUCAGAGCUGUUUCCUGACACUGCCAAAACCCCCACUGGAAUCUAUGCUACAAAGAGACGGCCUAUAAAGGGAGCUGCAGGCCGCCCUGUGCAAUUUAAAUACCCUGAAAUGCCGCUACUGAGUCCCACUACACUGGAGAGGCAGGAGAUUCAGCAGCGUCUGGUUCCUCUGUGGGUUCAGAUCGUGGUCUUCCUCCUGGUGGUCUGCCUGCUGUACCUCAUCUAUGCAUCCAUGGAGGAGCCGCUCUCCAAUCCUUUCACUGCUCUGCUUGAAGGUCUGCAAGACGCUGCUCUCAUAUACACCCCAGAGGACUAAUCCACCACUGACGCUACAGCAUAGGUGUGCAACACGGAUGCCAAAGAAGGUUCAUUCAAAUUUACCUCAGGCUCUAGUCAGCCAAGUGUCCUUCAGAUGAUUAUCUUUUUAAACUGGUAUCAGAGUUGAAACCAUGUGAUUUGUACUGAAUGAAACUCAAAGAGAGCUACAUCAGAACACCUGCAUUCACUUGCUUUCAAAGACCAUAUAGGAUGUAGUUGGCUAAUCCUGUGCAAUGGUGUGCUUUCUCUGAUUGAUCUUUUACCAUAGAUGUGUAUUUUAUACAGUUUGAGAUUUGAACUCCCACAGAAACAAUCACAUUCUUCUCUUACAGUCUUAAACAGCUGGACUAAUGAGUCAUAUGAUAUCUUGCGGUUUUUAAUGUGUACCUUUUGUUUGUUUUAUUUAAAGUAAAUAAAUUUGUUCUCCUAAGAUUGUUCUCUGUGUCUUA